AUGUAUUUUUGUCAUUUGCGAAAUAAAAAUUCUAUCAAAUCCAACUAUUACAGCUUAUUAAUUGAAGAGGGUAUACUUAAUACAAGUACCAAGAAAAUAAAGAAUGCUGAUAACCUAUCUGUUGCCCACUGCGAGUUUUUUGAAAAUUUUCUCGUCCAACAGGGAGAUCCCACUUUCAUCAUUGGCUGGCCACCAAUGGAAAUAGCCCAUAAGCCAACCUUUGAAAACACAAGAAUAGAAGACGGGUCGGAUUGGGCUUAUGCUCUAGUCAAUUGGUCCGAUGAAUCAAGAUUAACAGUCAAUGGUAUUGAUGAAAGAGCUCGAGCUACAAGAAGAGUUGACGAGAUAUAUAGUAAAAAAUCACAUCGAGGGAACCAAGUGGAGAGGGGAGCUCUCGAGAGAAGUGUGAAUAAUGAGAGUGCCAGCAUACGCGACGUUUGUGAUUUAAAAGUUUCCGUGCAACGAGAACGGGGAAGAAUAUAUUUCGACCUUACAUCAACGUUGACAGGAAGUAUGGAGCAACAAUGCUAG